UUUCACCAGAGAAAGGAGAAAGCUCCUGAAAACGUAUAGAAUACAUAGUCGUCGUGUGAGGAGGAUAAACUGCAUAUUGCUUCCAGUACAAGCUGCUUUUACGACAUAGCAGAAGUAGAUACGAGGAAGAAAGUUAAUACUUUUUUUACAAUUUCCACUUUUAUCUCUUUGGUCACUUACAUACUUCUUGGACAUCACAAUUCUCAAGAUAACGAUUAAUGAUGCAACGUUUCUUAGCGUUUGGUUUGGCAUUUACUUUUUCAAUCGUGGUGGUGCUGGGAGCUCCGGCAAUUCAAAAACAGCAGCAGCAGCCGGCCGAAAAUCCAGUAGAAACGCAUCAUACCAGGAUUUUUGGUAAUAAAAAUGUGAGGAUCACGGCUGAUGGUGGCGCAGAAAAUGACGCAGAUGAAGAGGAGGAAGAAUUGGAGUUGGAGAAUUUGAAGGGUCAUAAAGCAGUGUCGGCCGCUGCUAAAGACGCGACAACGACAAGUACGCAGGCAUCGGUGAACCAGAAAAGGCCAGAAAACGAGGAAAAACCGGCCAUCAGUGACAACGCAAACUCAUUAAAGUUUCCGCACCACAACCCGGGUGGAUUUGACGAGUCGCUCUUUGCCAAGAAAAGUGGACACAAUCAGGCUCAAGGUUCACCCAUCACGGAUCAAAAUCGACUACUUGGGAGACUUUUGGGAGACACGUCCGGUGGUGAACAUGAUCGUUUCAAUCUCCAACAAACGGAUUACACACCGCAGGACAUUGCCGAGUACAUCUUUUGGACGGGAGAUGAACGCGGGGUGGCAGCUGCGAUCGGAGACUUUCUCCAAGAAGGAUUCGUGAGUCGAGAGGAUGCAGUCAGAUUUUUGGAGGAUGUCAAACACGAAUUAAACGCCAUACGGGCCAGAUAUACGACGUCCUUGGCUCAAGUUCAACCACUACUUCAUGAGCAACAAGCUUCACCACCAAUGCUUCCAAACUUUAAUCUGGAUGGGUACAAAGGUUACGCAGCAGGGGAAUCACAAUUUUACCCGAAGAGAGACAGCACACCGCAAUUUCCUCUGCCGGAAAUCAUGAACGACAGACAGGCACAAGCACUACAAUUAUAUCCAGGACGAGGAGGAGGAGGUCUGUCGGGACCCAAUUCGAAUCUCGUGUCAGUGGAAGAAUUGGAUUAUGACGAGAUUGCAGACAAACUCAGAACGGUGGAUGCCAAGCUGCGAGAAUAUGCUCUGAAAGACGUUAUCUAUCAAAUUGGCAAGAAUCUAUUUGCUGAAAGUCUCAAGAACUCACCUGGACAGUCGACACAAAAGUUUUCCGAAUUCAUUGAAACACAGUCGGCGAGUGGAAGGAUUCCGAAGGAUCUGGAGAAGGAUGUUUUGGAUGUGCUGGUUGGUGCUUUCGUGGACGCGGUGGAUGACCGUGGGGUGCAGCAGGGAGAAUUGGAACAUCAGCUUCAAGAACACAGACAAAAUUCACCACCGAAACACGUUACAAACAAACUGGCUUCGUCGUCGGUGACGCCAACUGGUGGGAUUCAGGGAAAGAUUCAUGGAAACAUUUAAAAUAUUACGUGAAGAUUGAGAUUUUUAUUCGUUCGUUUAAUAAAAAUUGUUUUGGUAAUUUAUUUUUAUUGUGAGCUUGUAUAAGGAAAGUCCAGUUUGAACUUUCUUAUGUUAAUUCAUGUGCAUACAUUUUUGCUUAAACAAUAGGUUGUUAAAGUGUCAAGAUCUUACAUAUGUACUAUUUUGGAAUUUUCAUAAAUUUUCUUUUUAUUAAAUAUAUAGUUACAUAUUUAUGUAAAUUAGUUGUUGAUUCUAUAUACUCCAAGUUGUUAUUAAUUUCUUGACUGAAAAUAAUUUAAGAGUUAAGGAGUUUAAAUGUACCAAAUUCUGUAACUGAAUGAAUUCGUUUAAAUUACAUACGUAUGUACAAUGUUGGUAUAGGUGAAAGCACAAUGAAGAAUCUUUAAAUGAUUUAAAAUUACCUCACAAAAUUAUAUAUGUAUUGAUAUGAAGACUUUUUGGGAGAAAUUACAAUACGGAUUUACGGAUUUAGCAUUCCAUUAAAUUGUUACAUUGUUGUAAUAGCUGUAUUGAAAUUGGUUGAUAUAACAAGACUUUGCAAGUAUUGCACAAAAACAGGAACUCAGAUUUAUGUGGAAUGAUGUGGAUCAUCAGUGAAUUUCUCAUUGAUUUCCCUUAUUAGAAAAGUCACAAAAUAAACUUACAAUGGUUAUGAAAAGGCUGUGAAUGUGAUAUAUUUGCAUAGUUAACGUAUUUAGAAUUGUAUUUCAGAUAGUUUUAAAUUCUAUUGAGUAUUAUGGUAGGCAGUAUUCUCAUUUUUUGACCUUAUUUCAGUAUGAGCUUUGAAUGAUAUUUUCCUUUUAAAAGAUAUUCGAAAUCUGAAAUAAUUUGCAUUUUGAAAAUUGUAAAGUUUAUUCUCCAUUUUAUUUUUGUCAUUUUAUAGUCAUAACCACUUUUUUGUGAUCCAAAUUGAAUUUCCUGAAUACUUUAAUAAAAAAUAUUUUGUUGGUAA